AUGGACCCGAAAGAGCAGGCGGGUAAACCUGACCUAAACACAGCACUCCCUGUCAGGCAGACAGCUUCCAUCUUCAAACAGCCAGUGACAAAGAUCACCAACCACCCCAGCAAUAAAGUGAAAACCGACCCGCAAAAAGCAGUCGACCAACCCCGCCAGCUCUUCUGGGAGAAGAAGCUGAGUGGCCUCAAUGCUUUUGAUAUUGCAGAAGAGCUGGUGAAAACGAUGGAUCUUCCAAAAGGUUUGCAAGGUGUGGGGCCUGGUUGCACCGAUGAGACCCUCCUAUCGGCCAUCGCCAGUGCCCUCCAUACCAGCACGAUGCCCAUCACCGGGCAGCUUUCAGCCGCCGUGGAGAAGAACCCUGGAGUCUGGCUCAACACCUCUCAGCCUCUCUGCAAAGCCUUCAUGGUGACUGACGAAGAUAUCAGGAAACAGGAAGAGCUGGUCCAGCAAGUGCGGAAGAGGCUGGAGGAGGCGCUGAUGGCUGACAUGCUGGCUCACGUGGAGGAGAUCGCCAGGGAUGGGGAGACCCCGAUGGCGAAGGUCGUGGCCCCCGAAGACUGCGAGGAUGACGAUGAGGAAGAGGAUGUGGAGCAUAUCCAGGAGGUGGAGAAUGUAUAGUCUAGAGGUUAGAAGGUGCCUUUCUGUGUGCGACAGGUGGGACACCCAACACUCCCAACCCAAUGGUCAACCUGCUUCUUGAUCAGGAAUCUCUCCUUCUGAAUGAACUCUAAACUGUCUUGCUGGCGUGGAAGACCGAACUGUCAGCAGCUCAUAGAGACACCUCCGAGCCCCAAAUUUUUUAUUAUUAUUAUUAUUAUUUUAAUAGAGAAACUUUUAAAAGUGUUGUCAAAAGAAUAUUCCGUGGAGAUGCUGGAUCUUGUUUGGAGAAAACUUUGUAAUCGAAAGGUGCUGUACGAGGGUUGAGUUUGGUUUAACUCUUCUUUUUUUUUUAAAAUGACUCUUGGGAGGGAAGUGAAUUCUUCUUUUAUCUAUUUUACUGGAUUUAUUUACUGGGACAGAAUGGUUACAGUGGGGGGGGGUUUACCUUUUGCUUGUCUUGUAUCAUGAAAUGAUCCAAAAUGGGUACCAUGCACUUGAGAGUGGAGCUAACCGGUUGUGAAAUGAUGCAGAAUUUUGCCUUAAUAUGCUUGUUUCAAUUGGAGUGGGGCAGGGAUAUUUUUCACUAUUGGGGUGUAGAUCUACUUUCUGCCUCCUGUUGACCUGCCCACAAUAUCUCCCUUUCUUUUUCUCUCUUCUAUAUCUCUCCCGCUGAAUAUUUGUCAGCUUCAAGACAUUUGACUCUGCAGCUUUGCACUCCCGUUUCUUUUCUACCUUGGUGGAAUUGCAUUACAGUUUGGGCCAGCCUUGGAAGGGGGGGUAUGAACCCUAUCUACACAGACACAAGUAUUCAUGGUCUGCUGGAUUUUAUCAAGGUGUUGUUGUUUUUUCAACUGGAGAGCUAGAAAUCGGAACAUAAAACUUGGGACCGAGUCUCGAAAUAGUAAUUCUGGCUUACUUUGAACAUGGAAGAGAUGAUGAGAAUUGUGAGUUGAGAAUAUUCUACAGAACUGUGGGAAAGCAUUUUUGGAAUUGUUCUGAUGUGGCCAAAAUCCCUCCAGAUUUUUAAGCACUCCGUUGUAAUCAUGUAAAAAGACGCACACAAUGGCUUGACUUGCUUUCUCUUAUCUGGAGUUUCUCCUUAGAAACUAACUCCGUUCAAGUGACCCUAAUAAAUUGGGGUGGGAUGGAGAUAUAUAUAUAUAUAUAUAUGGCUCUCAAACUGGUCAGGUCUGUGUUUUUGUCCUCUAUCGGAAAUCAGUUGAUACUCAACCUUCGGCUUUUAGAAAACACUCAUCUUCCUUUGUAUGUGGUUUCAAAUGCACGCUGCUGGCGUCGCGUCUUCAUGUACAGCCUUUUGGGGGGGAUUUUGGUUUUGUAAUAAAAAAGAAAAAGGUG